AUGGACACUUUUAAAAAGAUAUUAGCCGGAGUUUAUUUACAGUACGAGAUAAUUUUUUGUAUGGGCUAUCUCGAGCCAUGGGAACGACGAUUAAUAAAUACAAUCGUAUUUUGCAGCAUUUUUUUGAUGAUAUUCUCUGCUUACGUGUUUCUUCCUGAUUAUCUUAGCAACUUAAUGGAAUUAUUUAAAUCUCAUGACUCGAAUAGUGGAUUCCAGCCUAUGUCAUAA